GAGACUGAUGGGCGAUGGCGAUGGUGGCUCGGGGCAGGAGACAGAUGCUGCUGUUCGGAGACUCGAUCACGCAGUUUGGAAGCAAGGUUGACCCCCUGGGUUGGGCGUCACUGUUGCAGGAUCUUUAUGUGGCACAGAAGCGUAGCGUAGACAUCGUCAACAGAGGAUUCUCAGGGUACAACAGCAGGUGGGCGAAGCUGAUCCUACCUGCCAUAAUCGAGGAGCACAAAUCGAACCCUCCGGUGUUGGCGACAAUCCUCCUCGGAGCAAACGACGCCGCUGUCGAGAGCUGCAGACAGCAUGUUCCUCUGCCGGAGUACAUACAAAACAUGGAGGAGUUGGUGAAGAUGAUGAGGGCAGGCUGGCCGGAGUCUGUCAUAGUGCUCAUCUCUCCUCCUCCGGUCGAUGCCGCAACAUGGGAUGCGAACAAGGGCGGUCCUGGGUUGGGACAGCGGGAGCUGGAGCAUGUAGAGAAGUACGCAAGAGCAUGCUCAGAGUUGGCGGCUAGGAUGUCUUGUCCUGUGUUGGAUCUUUUCAACAUCCUGCACAAGGAGAAGGGGUGGGAAGCUCACUUCUCCGACGGCCUGCACCUGUCGGCAUCUGGGAACCAGAUCCUGUUCGACGCCUUGAUUGAGCUGAUAAACAAACAGUUCCCCUCGCUCUCCAGCGAAAGCCUGCCCAUGGACUUCAAGUACCAUGGAGAUAUCCCCGAGGAUGAUCCUGCGUCUGUACUGGGUGAUCGAUGAUUCCUGCGGCUCUGGUCGAAGGCGAGGG